CCCGGCCCCCGACGGCCGCGCGCUGAGAUGACUUUCCGCGACCUCCUGAGCGUCAGUUUCGAGGGUCCCCGCCCGGACAGCAGCGCCGGGGGCUCCAGCGCGGGCGGCGGCGGGGGCGGCGCGGGCGGCGCGGCCGCCGCGGAGGGCCCGGCGGUGGGCGGCGUGCCGGGAGCCGCGGGCGGCGGCGGCGGCGGCGUGGUGGGCGCGGGCGGCGGCGAGGACAACCGGAGCUCCGCCGGGGAGCCGGGGGGCGCGGGCGCGGGCGGCGAGGUGAACGGCACGGCGGCCGUCGGGGGGCUGGUGGUGAGCGCGCAGGGCGUGGGCGUGGGCGUCUUCCUGGCCGCCUUCAUCCUCACCGCGGUGGCGGGCAACCUGCUGGUCAUCCUCUCGGUGGCCUGCAACCGCCACCUGCAGACGGUCACCAACUAUUUUAUUGUGAACCUGGCCGUGGCCGACCUGCUGCUGAGCGCCACGGUGCUGCCCUUUUCAGCCACCAUGGAGGUUCUGGGCUUCUGGGCCUUCGGCCGGGCCUUCUGCGACGUGUGGGCCGCCGUGGACGUGCUGUGCUGCACCGCCUCCAUCCUCAGCCUCUGCACCAUCUCGGUGGACCGGUACGUGGGCGUGCGCCACUCGCUCAAGUACCCAGCGAUCAUGACCGAGCGCAAGGCGGCCGCCAUCCUGGCCCUGCUCUGGGCCGUAGCCCUGGUGGUGUCCGUGGGGCCACUGCUGGGCUGGAAGGAGCCCGUGCCCCCGGACGAGCGCUUCUGCGGCAUCACGGAGGAGGCAGGCUACGCCGUCUUCUCCUCCGUGUGCUCCUUCUACCUGCCCAUGGCCGUCAUCGUGGUCAUGUACUGUCGCGUGUAUGUGGUAGCGCGGAGCACCACGCGCAGCCUCGAGGCGGGCGUCAAGCGCGAGCGCGGCAAGGCCUCCGAGGUGGUGCUGCGCAUCCACUGCCGAGGCGCCAGCGCGGGCGCCGGCGCGGCCGACGGGGCGCACGGGAUGCGCAGCGCCAAGGGCCACACCUUCCGCAGCUCGCUGUCCGUGCGCCUGCUCAAGUUCUCCCGCGAGAAGAAGGCGGCCAAGACGCUGGCCAUCGUCGUGGGCGUCUUUGUGCUCUGCUGGUUCCCCUUCUUCUUCGUCCUGCCGCUUGGCUCCCUGUUCCCGCAGCUGAAGCCCUCGGAGGGCGUCUUCAAGGUCAUCUUCUGGCUCGGCUACUUCAACAGCUGCGUGAACCCGCUCAUCUACCCCUGCUCCAGCCGCGAGUUCAAGCGCGCCUUCCUUCGCCUGCUGCGCUGCCAGUGUCGGCGUCGUCGGCGCCGCCGGCCCCUGUGGCGCGUCUACGGCCACCACUGGCGGGGCUCCAGCGGCGGCCCGCGCCCCGACCUCGCUGCGGGCCGCGGCGCCGCGCCCCCCGGGGCCCCGCUGGCCCUCACCGCGCCCUCGGCCCCCGGCUCCCCCGGCUGCCCGGCCCCCGUCGCCGGCCGUCGAAAGCCGCCCUGCGCCUUCCGCGAGUGGAGGCUGCUCGGGCCGUUCCGGAGACCCACCACCCAGCUGCGUGCCAAGGUCUCCAGCCUGUCGCACAAGAUCCGCGCCGGGAGCGCGCAGCGCGCGGAGGUGGAGGCGGUGUCCCUCGGGGUGCCCCACGACGUGGCGGGGGGCGCCGCCGGCCAGGCCUACGAACUGGCCGACUACAGCAACCUCCGGGAGACCGACAUCUAAGGACCGCGAGCGGAGCCGGGGAG